GGCGUGUGCUUGACAACCCGUUGCAGAAAACGCGCAAGCUGAGGUCCUAGUUCUAAUUCCCACGCUUAUCAAACGUUUGAAGCAACACGACUUUUAUAUCUCGCCGCCGGUGGGCAAUGUUAUAUGUGCAUAUUCAGCGCAUGAGGAAUUCCGUAAGCAAUUACUCCGCCCAGAAAGCGGUUUUCUCGCACUUUUGGUCGAUAUGUUGGAACACCGCUUAACUGACAUUGAGGAUCCUGCCAUCCAAAUCCUUGGCCAACUUGCGAACUAUGUUGACGUUCAGGGUGACUUGAUUGAAAAUGGACAUAUCAAGGACAUGGUGUCGCUGAUGAAAAGUCGAAAUCACGAAACAAGUAGCGGAGCUAUUCUUGCGAUGUUGUCGAUUCUCCCGCAUUCACGCAUACGAUAUCACAAGGCAAUCGAGGAAGAUGUCGUUGUUACGUUGGUCAAUCAUCUAAGACACCAGAAGAAGUCUUUGUUUGCGGCUUAUGCAUUAUCUCGCAUCCUGGACUACGACAACAUCAGAACAGCUAUGAUUAGGCUAUCUGCGCCUGACUAUAUUAUCAGCGCUGUCAAGCAAGGAUUUUUUAACGCGACGGUCGAAAAUGAACCUGGUAAAGAGGUGCUCGGACGCCUCAUGAGCAACGAUGAACUGAGGGCAGCUGUCCUCAAAGCCCACACAACGGCGGCCCUUUGUACUAUGUUUAAAAGGGGUGAUACAGCGCUGAAUCACGCAGCAUUUGAUUUCCUGGACAUCGUGUCCGACUAUCCCGAUGGGAAAGAGUUGAUUAAAGAAGCUAAGAUUCCCAUAUUCCGCGCCAUAGUGGCGGCCUUGGACCACCAGAAGUGGGCCUCACAAAGCAAUGCUGCGAUGGCACUUCACGCUCUUUUCGGAAUUCCGGAUUCUUCUUCUGAAAGAACCUUUGUCACGCAAGAGUUUCGAUCAGUCAUCUUGGAAGAAAUCUCGCAAAUAUUGAAAUUGUUGGUACAUGAUCGGUCUUACCGUGUUGUUGGCGGUGCGGCAGCUCUCUUGGCACUAUCUGAUGACGAAACUGUACGGACUUGUGUGCGAGAGCACAGAGAUUUCAAGUUUGCCAGAAGCGAGCAUUUUUCAAAGAACAGAAAACUACAGUAUCAUGGCUCAGACCCACGGGAAGGUAACUCGUGCUUUUUUUCGGACGUUGCGGGGAUCUAACAUUAAGACACUUACCAUUAGAGGAUGUUCACAAGAUACUUGACAGAUUAUUUGCGGCCAUGGAGGAAAGCCCCAACCGUCGCGGUGCCCCGAAGUUCCCAGAAGUGCACUCAAUGCCUGCUC